AGCAAAAGCUUCCACCUUAGAACUUUUUUCCCUCCUCAAUAUUGAACUAUUCUUUCCACAUUCAUAUGAUAAUUCUUAUAAAAGACUUAUCAACGUCGUUUACCAUCCAAACAUUUUUUUUCCCAUCCGCUCUUUUUUCUUCUCAAUUUCUCCUCCCUUCCUCGCAAUGGGUUCUUGCAUUAGUAAAUGCAACCCCCAAAAAGAUUCCCAAGAAGAUAAUGAUCAUCACCAUGAAUGUGUUAAAGAUAAACUUGUGAUUUCACAUGCUCCCAUAUCUCCAAAAAUUGCUCUUCCUUCUUUUCCUUCUUCAACUAUCCAACCUCAAAAACUCGUCUCUUCUUGUCCUUCUUCGUCUUCUUCUUGUUCGGUAUCUCUUUCAUCAUUUUCGUCCUCUACUGCAAGAAACAUUACAUUAUCUUCGUCUUUGUCAUCGUCAUCUUCCUCCUCUUCAUUCAAGGAUCAUUCUUUCUCAAACGAUUUCUUAUUGUCUGGUGCACAAGAACACAACCACAUACUUGACAUCAAGAAAAGCAAAGUAAUUAAUGGUGUUACUCAUCAGAAUGCGUCAACCAUGUCUACAAGUGGCAAGAAAUACUUGCAGUCACCAUUAUCAUCAUCAUCAUCAUCCACUUUGUCCAAAACACAAAGUCCCCGAAGAGAGUACAAUUCAACGACAACCCCUAAGAAAAGGCCACGUGCCAAUUCGCCAACCAUGGUCCGACAAAAGAGUUUUAGAAAAGAACCUGAUCAACAACUCACCAAGGGAGGAAACAUUGGUGAUGCUAAUUCAACUAUUACCUCUACAUAUCAUCAUUUUCCUAGUCCUAGAACAACCCUAAAAUCACCAUCUCCAAGUCGAAGAUUUCCUUCGAGUUUGAAUGAUGACAUGAAGGAGAGCUCGUUUAGAAAAUCAAUAACUUCAAAAGGGAACAAGGGAAGUGUUAUAUCGAGAUCAUCGUCUCUUCGAAGAGUGGACAAUUUCACUCCAAAAAAUGAAGGGAAAAUAAGAAAUGUUCUUCCAAUUUCUCCAAAGAUUGAUGAAAUGGAAAUUGGAGAAGUGAAGUCAAAUGAUCACCAAGAUUUGGACUCUUUUCUCAUGGAGGACAUUAAUAAUCCUCUUAUUGCCUUGGAUUGUUUCAUUUUUCUCUAGAGUGGGAUCUCUAUGUACAUUUUUCUCGAAAGAGAAAAAAGAAUCUCUUUUGUUUUACGUUUUUUUUUUUUUGUUUUUUUUGUUUUACUUCUAUGGGUCUCAAGAGGAAUUGAACCCAGAAUUUCAUGGUGAAAGUAUAUCAUUUUCUACCAUAUUGUUAAGACUUGUCUUGUUUGGAAACGACAAGCAUGUUCAUAACGAGUGAUUUUUUUUUUUUCAUAUUUACACUUCAUUUUUAUUGUAUAUCCCCUUUGGAAACUAUCAUUUCGACUGGAGACAAAAGGAAAAU